CGUGUCACCUCUUGAAGGCUUGCGUCAACCCGCGACUUACGAACUUGUCAGAAAUGCUUACGCUUUUUGGUGGUCGGGUUUCCUCGGUCUCGACUAAGGGAGGUACCGGGCUUGUAACAUUCUGUGUUUUGCUGUUGGCAUGGAUCGUUGGAUUCAGUAUACGUCUUUUCUCGGUUAUACGUUUCGAAAGUGUCAUCCAUGAGUUUGAUCCUUGGUUCAAUUACCGGGCAACAAAGCAAAUGGUCGAAACCAAUUUUCAGAACUUUUACAACUGGUUUGACAGCACUGCGUGGUACCCACUUGGGAGGAUCGUUGGAGGCACUGUCUAUCCUGGUUUGAUGAUAACUUCAGGUUUUAUUCACUACAUGUGCCACCUCCUAAGUUUUCCGGUUCACAUUCGUGAAGUUUGUGUUUUUCUUGCUCCUGUAUUCAGUGGCAUGACUGCUAUUGCAACUUACUUUUUCACCAAGGAAAUUUGGAAUGAAGGAGCGGGUUUGUUUGCUGCUUGCUUUAUCGCAAUAGCUCCUGGUUAUAUAAGUCGUUCAACUGCUGGCAGUUAUGAUAAUGAAGGAAUCGCAAUUUUCGCACUUAUGUUUACUUACUAUUUGUGGAUUAAAGCUGUUAAAACAGGCAAAGUUUUUUGGGCUGCGUUUUGUGCCAUUGCAUAUUUUUACAUGGUAUCUGCUUGGGGUGGCUAUGUGUUUAUCAUAAAUCUUAUCCCGUUACACAUUUUCGUACUACUCAUUAUGCAGAGAUAUAGCGCGAAAUUGUAUGUGGCUUACACAACAUUCUUUGUCUUGGGUUUAAUAAUGUCAAUGCAAAUACCAUUUGUUGGUUUUCAGCCAUUGCGUACUAGUGAACAUAUGGCAUCAAUAGGAGUGUUUGCACUUCUUCAAGUUGUUGCUUUUUUCAAAUAUCUACAAACUCGUAUUCCUUCUGAUACUUUGAAACAAUUAUUUACAUUUGGAGCCAUUCUUUCUGCUGGAGUUAUUUUCCUUGUUGUAGUUGGACUAACAUACGCUGGUGUUAUUGCACCUUGGAGUGGCAGAUUUUAUUCUCUAUGGGAUACUGGUUAUGCAAAAAUUCAUAUUCCAAUUAUCACAUCCGUCUCUGAGCAUCAACCCACUUCAUGGGCAUCGUUCUUUUUUGAUCUACACGUAUUAAUUGCUACAUUUCCAGCUGGUGUAAGACUUUGCUUUAAAGAUUUAAAUGAUGAACGUGUUUUCGUGAUACUGUAUGCCAUAUUUGCAUCGUAUUUUGCUGGUGUCAUGGUUCGUCUAAUGCUCACAUUGACGCCAAUUGUUUGUGUAUUUUCUGCGAUCGCCUUUUCACGUGUCUUUGAAUUAUUCUUAAAUGAGAAAGAUGCCGAAAGCACCAAUGCUAUCACCAAUCGAUCUAAUAAUGAUGAACAACAGAAUUCGGUGGAUAAACGUUUAUAUGAUAAACCGAAUAAGACAAAUAAAAAGGUGAAUUCCACUGAUCAAGACACAUCAACAAGUACUACCACUAAUACAAAUCGAUCAACUGCACAAUCAUCCGGAAACAAUGGCAAUAGUCUACGUUCAAUUGCUUACGUUUUAAUUGUAUUCAUUCUAUAUCUAUUUGUUUCACAUUGUGUUUGGGUAUCAUCCAAUGCUUAUUCAAGUCCAUCUAUUGUAUUAGCAUCAUAUGGCAGUGAUGGAACUCGUUAUAUUUUGGAUGAUUUUCGUGAGGCAUACUUUUGGUUAUGGCAAAAUACCAAAGAAGAUGCUCGUGUCAUGUCAUGGUGGGAUUAUGGUUAUCAAAUCGCUGGGAUGGGUAAUCGUACUACAUUGGUAGAUAAUAAUACAUGGAAUAAUAGUCAUAUUGCAUUAGUUGGUAAAGCGAUGGCAUCGAAUGAAUCAGAAGCUUAUAAGACUAUACAAAGUUUAGAUGUCGAUUAUGUACUAGUUAUAUUUGGUGGUUACAUUGGUUAUAGUGGUGAUGAUAUUAAUAAAUUCUUAUGGAUGGUACGUAUUGGAGGCGGUGAACAUCCGAAUGAAAUACGUGAACGAGAUUUCUUAAGUUCAGCUGGUGAAUAUCGUAUAGAUAAAGGUGCAUCGGAGACAAUGUUGAAUUGUUUAAUGUAUAAAUUAAGUUAUUAUCGAUUUGGUGAAGUACGGUUGGAUAUGCGUACACCACUUGGAUUUGAUCGUACAAGAGGUUCGGAAAUUGGUCGUAAAGAUUUUGAAUUAGAUUAUUUAGAAGAAGCAUUUACAUCGAAACAUUGGCUUGUCAGGAUUUAUCGUGUAUUACCACCGGAAAAUUUACCACAUCUCUCUGAAACACGUCGUCGUAUUAAACAUCAACCAUCAGGAAAAUCUAAUGGAAAUAAUCGUGGUCGAUUUAAUACACCAAGUAAACGUUCAUCGAAAUAAGUAGAGACCGAUAUCAUUUCUUGAUUGAGAUUGUUACACUCUGUGUUGAAUUCACGAAUGGAAUGUUGUUGUUGUUGUUCAGUAAAUUCACUUGUCCGCCAUGUUUCUACUAUUUUCUUUUUUUUUUUAUUCUCUUAAUUGUUCACUUUUGUAAUUUUGUGUAUAAAAAUCAUGUUUGUUUUGACACAGGAUGAUAUCACACACACACACAUACACACACAGUGAGAGAGAAAGCACCAAGUAGUAGCGCGUAUCAAUAUGCAUAUGUAUUUAUAUAUUUUGUAAAAAAACAUUAGGCCAAAAUUAAUGGUCUAUGAUGUAACUAGCUAACUAACGAACUAACUAUACUACACAAUAGCACCAAUGCAUAAACUGUGAUCCUGUUGCUAUGUUCCAGUGAAUUCCUCUUUUUCUUCUUCCACUCUGUCUGUCAGUCUAUUUCUUCAAGGAAUUCUCUCUCUGUGUAUGUUCUCUUCGUCUUUUCUAUUGUAUUUUGUUUUAAUUGUUCAUUAGUGCGCGUUGUUCAAAAUUUCACGAUAUCAUUUUCAAAUAAAAUUUGUUUUUUUUUG